AUGUCUCAGAUCAUGAGGGGCUCCCUGCUCUCCUUGUCAGCAGCCUUGCUUCUUCUCCUGCCCUGGUUUGACGGUCUGGCAGAAGGUGAGGUUAAGAAGGGCUUCAGUGACUGUCUGCGCUUCUUCUACAACAAAAAGCUACCGACCGGUUUAGGUGGAGAUUACAGCAAUAUCAAAGAGUACCAGCCGAUUUGCCAGCGCUACAAGAAAAACUGGCGCUUUGCCACUCUGUAUCAAAAGAAGAGUCGGACUCCUUUGUUCUCCGCCUACAUAAUGUCUCCUGCAGAAGGAGGGCGGCCUGCAGACCCCUGGAUGUAUGAACCACAGUUGGCCAAUCCCAAGUCCAAUUGGGAAAUGCAACCUUUCCAAACUCCUGUUCCUAAAGAUGUCAUUGAAAGCCAAGCGGUCCUUGACGACUACAAGAACUCAGGCUUCACCAGAGGACAUCUCGCUCCUAGUAGCCACCAGAACACAAAAGAGGACAAAGAAGCCACCUUUACUUUGACAAACAUUGUUCCCCAGAAGGAACAAUCCAAUUCAGGCCCCUGGGAAACAUGGGAGGAAAAAGUCAGGAAAAGUUUUAAGAACUACUGCAAAGGUGAAAUGUAUGUUAUAACUGGUGUCAUGCCUUAUGAGUCCAACACACCCCUUAUCAAUGGCAGAGUGGCUGUUCCUGAGUACAUUUGGUCUGCUUACUGCUGCCCCAAAUAUGCAUCAAAGCUCCCCGAAAAAGAGCAGAAGUUCUUUCCUGCAUAUGGUGCAGUGGGAAGAAAUGAUCCCAACAGCAAUGAAAAGAUUGUGAAAAAGACAGAGAAUUAUCAUGGUUAUGAUGUAAGAGAGAUGCCAUUGGAAAACUUAGAGAGCAUCCUGAAAAAGAGAACGAACAGGAAAGGAGAUGACGUCAAUCUGUUUGAUUCAAAAUGUUCCAAACCUAAAAACCCCUAAAAAAGGAAUCAGCAUUGCCGAAUUUAUGAUUAUAAAAGAAGCUUUUGCAACUUCAUUAUAAGUGUUAUCAACAUUAUAAUGGAGUAAUUAGAAUAGAAUGUGUAAUACUAAAAUCUGCAUUGCUUAUACGUUAAGUACAUAACAGGUUCAUCUUUUGUUUGAGCAGACAAAAAGAAAUGCUCAAACAAAAUAUGAACCUCUCUCUAAUCUUCCAUUUUCUCCCAUGGUGACCCCCGCACCCCAGUGGUAGGUUCAAUUAUGUGUAAAGAGUCAGGCGAGGAAAAUGCCUCACACUUUGUGUUGCUAUAUAUACAAUUUCUUUGCUUCAAAAUUCUGUAACCUAGAUUUUUUUCACCCGUUUCUUUAAAACAAUUGGAGUUUUUCUUUUACAUGUUCACGCUUGUUAAACUUGGAUUUGUAUUAUCCAUUACCAAAAAUAAAGCUUUGCAAAAAAAUAAAAAAAAUAAAUUAUAAAAAAACAUCA